AUUCAGAGGGGAAAGGAAGAAGAAGAAGGGGAAGAUUCCCAAAGGAGGGCAGAAGUAUCCGCCACGGGUGGAAGUGGGAGAGGCAAGAAAGGCGAGAGAGAGGCGAGGCUGGGCACCCUCCAGGCGCCUGGCCACCCGAUGAGAGGCGGCGUGGGCUCGUCUUGAGGGGCGCGGCGGGGCGAGCCUGCCUGCCUGCCUGCCUGCCUGCCCUUCUUCCCCUUGGUGUCCGAGGAGGCGAGCUCCCGACGAUGUUCCAGCUGCCGCUGCUCAACUUCAGCGCCCAGCAGGUGGCCGGCGUGUGCGAGACGCUGGAGGAGAGCGGCGACGUGGAGCGGCUGGGCCGCUUCCUGUGGUCGCUGCCCGUGGCCCCCGCCGCCUGCGAGGCCCUCAGCCGCAACGAGUCCGUGCUGCGGGCCCGCGCCGUGGUGGCCUUCCACGGGGGCCACUUCCGCGAGCUCUACCACAUCCUGGAGUCGCACAAGUUCCCCAAGGAGUCGCACGCCAAGCUGCAGGCGCUCUGGCUGGAGGCCCACUACCAGGAGGCCGAGAAGCUGCGCGGGAGGCCCCUGGGCCCCGUGGACAAGUACCGCGUCCGGAAGAAGUUCCCGCUCCCGCGCACCAUCUGGGACGGGGAGCAGAAGACCCACUGCUUCAAGGAGCGCACGCGGCACCUGCUCCGAGAGUGGUACCUGCAGGACCCCUACCCCAACCCGGGCAAGAAGAGGGAGCUGGCCCAGGCCACCGGCCUCACCCCCACCCAGGUGGGGAACUGGUUCAAGAACCGGAGACAGAGGGACCGGGCCGCCGCCGCCAAAAACAGGCUGCAGCAGGCUUCCUUGUGCUCUUCGGGGGCGUCGGGGGCGGGCCGGGCGGCGCUGGCCUCGGAGGAGGAGAGUGCCGGGGAGCCGCUCCUGGGCUCGGCCUCCAGCCCCGCCGCCAGCCUCUCCAGCAAAGCCGCCGCCUCCUCCGCCAUCUCCAUCACCUCCAGCGACAGCGAGUGCGACCUGUGAAGAAGGGGAAGGAGGAGGAGGAGAAGAAGAAGAGAGGACCAGGAGGAGGAAGAGAUCCCCCAGAUCCUCCUCCUCCGACCUGGGUCCGGUGCCUUCCUGCUGACCGCUGGGCUGAUUCAGGGCUGGAGGAGGACUAUCCAAGGCAAAGUGCCCCCAAAACUCACUCAAAAAUCCCAAAAACUUUAUGUGGAAUGAGAGGGAAAGAGAGAGACAUCUCCUUGCCUUUCUUGCCCUUCGAACCAGAAGAAGAUUCCAUCUGAACAUUAGGA